AUGUCUGUGACAAACGACAAAAAGUCAAAGAAGGACAAGAAGGAAAAGGUCGCCGCCGCCGCUGCCUCCUCUGACGUCGAGGACGCUUCCGCUGUGACUAAGAAGGAGAAGAAAAACAAGAAGGAAAAGAAGGACAAGAAGGACAAGAAGGAGAAGAAGGAAAAGAAGGAAAAGCGCAAGGCUGACGACGACAACAACAGUGACAACGAUUCCACCGCCACUUCGACCACCACCGCCACUACCGAAGACGCACCCGUCAUCAAGAAGCUCAAGGUCAUCGAGGUCGCCCAACCCUUGAAGGCCACCGUUGUCUCUGGAACGACCCCCACGACCGGAGGACUCGUCAAGUCCUUCUACAACGUCUCGACCAACAAGACAACCAAGGAGCAGGCCCGCGAGUUCUACAAGGAGAACACCAUCGAGGUUUCGGGUGACCAGGACUUUUUGCCCGUCCUCAAGUUUGACGAGGCUGGCUUCAGAUCCGAGAUGAUUGAUGUGACCAAGUCCUUCAAGGCCCCUUCGCCCAUUCAGGCUGCUUGCUGGCCUAUUGUUCUUUCUGGCCGUGAUAUCAUCGGUAUCGCCGAGACUGGUUCCGGAAAGACGUUGGCGUUCACUUUGCCUGCUUUGAUGCACAUCAAGGGACAGAAGGAUUUCAAUGUCAAGCCCAAGGGUCCUACCGUUCUCGUUGUCUCUCCUACCCGCGAGUUGGCCAUGCAGACGAUGGAACAGUGUGUUGCCGCAGGAAAGUCGUCGGGCAUCAAGAGUGUUUGCAUCUACGGAGGUGUUUCCAAGGACGACCAGCGCAAGGCCAUUCGCCAGGGCGUUCACAUCAUUGUCGCCACCCCCGGACGUCUUUUGGAUCUUAUGGAGGACGGAAGCUGCAACAUUGAUAAUGUCUCGUACAUGGUUCUGGAUGAGGCCGAUCGUAUGUUGGAUACCGGAUUCGAGGAGGCGAUUCGUUCGAUUUUGCGCAAGACCCGCAAGGACCGUCAGACAUGCAUGUUCUCGGCCACCUGGCCAGAGUCUGUCCGCAAGCUUGCCCACGACUUUUUGGACCGCCCCGUCAAGGUGACGAUUGGAUCGCCCGACCUUGGAGCAUCGUCGAACGUCACCCAGAUUGUCGAGGUUCUGGAUGACCCCCGCAACAAGGAGCGUCGCCUGUUGGAUCUGUUGAAGGAUUACCACAAGACCCGCAAGAACCGCAUUCUGAUCUUUGCGUUGUACAAGAAGGAGGCUGACCGUAUUGAGCAGACUCUGCUGAGGGCCGGAUAUAAGGUUGGAGGUAUCCACGGAGACAAGACCCAGAACACGCGCACUGCUGCCUUGGAGGCGUUCAAGAACGGAAGCAUCCCUCUGUUGGUGGCAACGGAUGUGGCUGCUCGUGGUAUUGAUAUUACGGGCAUCACACAUGUGAUCAACGUAACGUUCCCUCUGACGAUAGAGGACUAUGUCCAUCGUAUUGGACGUACCGCCCGUGGAGGACAGACCGGAAUCGCGCAUACGUUCUUCACCGUGAACGAGAAGGGUCUGAGUGGAGCUUUGAUCAACGUGUUGAACGAUGCUGGAGUGAAGAUCCCCGAUGAGCUCCGCAAGUUUGGAGGCACUGUCAAGAAAAAGGCCCACUCGAUCUACGGUGACCACUUCAAGGAUAUGGGCGAUCAGCCCAUGAAGGCAGCUACCAAGAUCCGCUUCGAGUAG